GAAUACGUAGUUAAGACUUCGUAAAGACCUCGUGAAGACCGAGCGAAGACCUUAAACUUGGCGAAGAUUUCUGACUCAAAACUGCUUGUUUGAUCGCAGGUUGCUGUUGUGUUGUGUUGUGUCGGUGAACACAUCUUUGAAACGACGCUGAAACGACGCGAUGGUUGAGAGAGAACGGAAAGAUGGAAGACACAGUGUGAAAUCCAGGGCGGAGGAUGAUACGACACAGGAAAGUUCUACGAGUAGAGCGAAACUAUGGAUCGAGGAGCAACUGGUUGAUUGCGUUUCGGUACAACUCUGGUUGCAUCUCUAGUUCUUGCCCCCUCGCCAGAUAAUUCAUAAUGUGGCUCUUCGGUUGAAUAUUUGGCUUCCCCGGAGGACUGUGUGAUUUGUACACUUUUCUUGAAUCCAUGGUAAUAUCUUUGAUGAAUGAGGAUUACGAUUAGUUCCGUGUUCUUGAUGUCUCAUGGUGAAAUUAGGUUUCCCUUGAAUAGUUUUCAGCUGAACGUGACUGUCUUAAAAUGUGUGUGUUUGUUUCCAGGGUCUGUUUUGACCUACGAUUAAUCUGUAUCCAUCCUAUUUCUGGUCUGAUUUUGUGUCCAAUGUGGCAAACGGUGCCUCUGGCUCCUGCAGUCUCCAUCUUGGUUAAUGUAAUUGGAUUUUGAGGCAAAUGAAUUCCUGGUUCACUCAAGAGCUUUUCCCAGAGUGUUUUGAAUUAUGCAGUGGGUCAAUGUCAAAUUGAAUGCGUACAAGAGCGAAGGAUGAAGGAUGUGCAACUCCUCAACCAGGUCUAAAUUGACAAGAAUUAGAGAAACCGCCUAGUUUAUGUAUCUUUAUGAGCAGGUUGGUCAAACGAGAUUCUUAGGCAAAACCCUUUUUGCUCUGAGACAAUGAGUGUCAAAGGAACUCCUCAAUGACAUAACGAAUUGCAGCCACUCAAAUAUAAAAUGUCAAGCACGUGGCCUCCACCUUGGUUCGAUGGGUUCUUCCUUUCUAUGCUGGCCACUAGCGUAGCAGGAUUGUUGUACUCGUGAAUUGGCAGCGAUAUCUGUUGUGUAGGCGCCCUCUGCACAUAUGGAUAGUGGUAUGCUUUCAUCAUAAUUGCUUCUUUCUAUGAAGUGCCUUCUUAAAAAAACUAAUAUUUUCUGUUUCUUCAUCUUGAGAUCUUGUCCAUGCAAUUGUCUUUAUUCUGGUAUUUGAGAGAUGAGAUGCAUUUGCAAAAGAUAGUUUUCACAGAACAUGAUCUGUAUGUUCCAAGGCUUGCUUACCCUAGUAUAUAUAGCAUGCAUCUAGAUAGAUCUCAACAUGAACUGUGCAGGUCGACUAUGCAACAGUGUUCUUGUUCCGGAUUCUCAUGUUCAUAGACAGCGGAUUAGCAUCAGGAAUGGGACCAGAGGCUACUCAAAUGGAACGAAUGUUACGGUUCAAGGGUCGUUUGUUUGUGCUCUCAGUGUUAUCAUUUGUAUUUUACCCGUUCCUAUGGAUGUGGACGAUUCUCGGAAGUCUCUGGUUCUCUGAUACUCAAGGAUGUUUGCCAGAGGAAGGGCAGAAAUGGGGUUUUCUCAUCUGGUUGGUUUUUAGCUACUGCGGAUUGGUUUGCCUUGCCUGCAUCACAGCUGGAAAAUGGCUUCUGCAUCGGCAGUCUCGUUUAGCUUCACCCCCAAAUGGGCAGAGUGCUAUAUCAGAAUUUCAGAUGUUCUUAGAAAUGAUCCGUUUCCCAGAAUGGACAAGUAGACACAGAACGAAUGCAGUGAUGAUGAGAACCAAUGACUUGGCAGUCUUCCCCCCAGGCUUCGUGUUUAGCCAAGGUCACAAUGCCCACACACUUCAAGCCACUCAGAGGGAAAGGGUGGAAAGAGCGAUACAAGGAUUACACAAGUUCUCUCUGUCAAGAGUCGCUGAAAACUGGACGCAAUGCCCUAUUUGCCUUGAUGACUUCGACGUAGGCAACGAAGUGCGGACUCUUCCUUGCACCCACACCUUUCAUGUAGCUUGUAUAGACGCCUGGUUGAGACUGAAUGUGAAGUGUCCCCACUGUCGUUCUUCAGUGUUUCCAGAGCUCGAGCUUGACCGUUCCAACAUACCUGCACUACCUCGCCUUAUUCCAUCCCGUUCGAGACAUUUUCCCAGCAAUCAUGCAAGUGAUCUAAACCAUGGGGCAGUUGUAGUUUCGAUACCAAGAUCCCAAACUGAUAAUCCAAGACCACAGGCACCCAGAAGUACUGGAGGUACAGGUGCCCACAUUAUGACCCUUGCCGACUUGGCUUCGAGUUCUGUUCGGCAAACUCCUCGCUAAAACGAAUCUUGGACGUUGUGAAAGCAUUAUCACUGGCAUAACUUCCAUUUGUCGUCAAUAUAGCACGCAGUAAAACAAUGCCGCCCAAAUUUUGGAGAUGAACUAUUGUUGGCCGGCAUAAUUUAGAAAAGUGUUUUUUAAGAGUUGUAAGGCAAAUUGUCUGCAUUUGAUCCUUCAGUGGUCUGAAAGAAGCUAACUCUCCUCCCAAUUGAACAGAUGUGUGAGGUAUUUGACUUUACAUUACUUCUUUUUUCUCAUCGUCACAUAAAGUUUGAGCAAGGAAAGCAUCAAACUCAGGAAAAAAAUAGGGGCUACAGAAAACUCUAAUUAAAAUCCUCAUCUCCAUGAUCCACUGCGAGUGAGGAAUGGGAGCUGACAAUCCAGCCAAUCCAUGCUGCUGUCGGACUACUUGCAUAUCAUAGUUAGAAAGUUCCAGCCUCAAGUGGUGCGUUUGAGAAACAUCACCCACUUGAUUGGCGAAUGAGCCAGUCCAAUCAA